CUACACUCUUUAUAACUUUCUCACCCUCGCUCUUUCAGCUCACAGAGAGUUUUUGAGAAACAGACAGAAACGUACACAGAGAGAGAGAGAGAGAGAGCUUCACAGAAUCACCAGGACUGUGUGAAAGAUGUCAAAGGAAGUGAGCGAAGAGGGGCAGAGCCACCACCAUGGCAAGGACUACGUGGACCCUCCACCGGCACCACUCUUCGACCUGGGGGAGCUCAGGCUCUGGUCCUUCUACAGAUCCCUCAUCGCCGAGUUCAUCGCCACCCUCCUCUUCCUCUACGUCACUAUCGCCACUGUCAUUGGGCACAAGAAGGCCACCGAACCCUGCGGCGGCGUGGGGCUUCUGGGUAUCGCUUGGGCCUUCGGUGGCAUGAUCUUCGUCCUUGUGUACUGCACCGCCGGUAUCUCUGGUGGGCAUAUUAACCCGGCUGUGACGUUCGGGUUGUUCUUGGCAAGGAAGGUCUCGCUGAUUCGUGCUGUGUCGUACAUGGUGGUGCAGUGCUUGGGAGCUAUUUGCGGUGUUGGGUUGGUUAAGGCUUUCAUGAAGCACGACUACAACAGGCUUCAAGGUGGAACUAACUCUGUGUCUGCAGGGUACAGUACUGGCACAGCCUUGGGUGCUGAGAUCAUCGGAACCUUUGUGCUGGUCUACACCGUUUUCUCAGCCACCGACCCAAAGAGGAACGCUCGUGACUCUCACGUGCCUGUUUUGGCUCCGCUUCCUAUUGGGUUCGCUGUGUUCAUGGUGCACUUGGCCACCAUCCCCAUCACUGGAACUGGUAUCAACCCAGCUAGGAGCUUUGGAGCUGCUGUAAUCUACAACAAUGGCAAAGUCUGGGAUGACCACUGGAUCUUCUGGGUUGGCCCAUUUGUGGGAGCGCUGGCUGCAGCGGCGUACCACCAGUACAUACUGAGAGCAGCGGCGAUCAAGGCUUUGGGAUCCUUCCGCAGCAACCCCACCAACUAAAGAGACAGACAAAAAAACCUCAACUUAAAAAAUUUCUGAUGUCUCUCAUUUCUCUUUCGCCCCUAUUUGUUUGUUUGCGUGUAUGAGAUCGAGGAUGUUGAUGAUGAUGACCCUUCUUCUUCUUUUCCUUGUUUUCUUUAUAAUUUAAUCUUUUAUUGUUAGAAUUGGAUGAUGUGUAUCAUAUUAUUAUUGUUCAAUGACUAGUGGUGGUGCUUCUCCUUUUUUUUA